AUGGAGUUCCGGACGAUCCAUAGUCUUCCCGACGAUCUUCUCUUUAAGAUCCUUACGCACUCCUUAGAGCAACCGGCUUCACGCGAGUCGCGAUUGGACAACUUGGCCACUGACGAUUGGCCAAACUGGCCACGUGCCAUCCUUGAUACAGUCCCGCCGCUAGAUGCGUUUCUGAUCCCAUACGUGGUACUAGCCCCUCCUCCCGCCGCCGACGUGGCUCGGAAUCUCAUCAUCGCGUCCGUCUGCCGUCGGUGGCGCCGUGUGGCGAAGCUUCGCGUGACCACGCUGUUCCUUAAACAAGGCCUCGUGGUGUCCCUUGAAAAUCUCUCAGCCGCCGUCGCGUGCUUCCCCAACCUCACCCAUCUGCAUCUCAGCGACAACAGCGUUGAGCCGCUCGACGACGCCUUCCUCGCUCACCUCGCAUCUUCAUGCCCGAAGCUGACGACGCUCCACGUGGGAAAAAUCUUUGUAGUGGACGACCAUGAUGGUGCCACUUUUGAGCAUUACCUUAGGAGGGAGGAGCAUCCGAUCUCUAAGGAUGCUUUAGAUCGCUUCUUCUUGGAACUCCCUCAAUUGGAGCAGUUUUCUCUCCUCUGCCCUCACCAAGCAACAGAUUUAUCGGAAUCUUUCUUUCGUUUGAGGCAUCUCCGUACCCUUGUCCUCACUGACGCAUCGGCCUUGGAGAAUCCCGAAUUUGCAAGCCUCACUGCUCUUACCACUGUUUCUGUCACCUUUCCCUGGAAUCUAUUCCACCUAGCCACCUUCGUUCGCCUCCCACGGCUCGCCCAUAUAACCACCUGCGCCCCAUACCAGAGCGAGCCCUAUGAGGGUGCUGCAAGGAUAGUGCUGCCGUCUUGCCUCAAGUCGCUCAUUUUUGCGGUUUCUUGUCCUGAUUUCAACACCAUCAUCUACCCAUCAGCAUCGCCAUUCACCGCACUAGAGGAGCUGCUCAUUACCACCUGCAGUGAGCUCACGGACCUUCCAGACCGCAUUGACUACUUGCUGCCCUGCCUUCGCAAACUGACGGUUCGCAAUUGCUACUCUUUGGAAACCCUACCUGAAAGCCUCAGUUCCCUCAGCCGCCUGGAAACGCUCGUUUUCUCUAAGUGCGGUCUCCUUACCUUGCCCAGCAACUUCGGCCACCUACCUGUCCUCAAACUGCUGGUGCUGAAGCAGUUGCCUCUCUCAUUACUUCCUCCUUCCUUCUGCCACCUCACGUCACUCAAAGCUUUCUGCAUCACCAAAUGCAGCUUUCCUCUACCAGAAGGCAUAGGGGCCCUCGCAAAUCUCCAGGCUAUCAUGUUGGCGGAAUAUUAUCAGCCCCUUCCUGCUUCAUUCACGCAGCUCUCUUCCUUGACCAGCCUUGACCUGGAUGACUGUGGGGAAGACCAGCUGCCGGAAGCCCUGGGGGCGCUGAGCAACCUGCGGGAGCUGAAGAUUCAAGGCAAUUCAAUCCGCACACUUCCCAUGUCACUCUUACAGCUUACUGCGCUUCAAACUUUGGAGAUUGUCUCUUGUGACUUUCUUUCAGAAGUGCCUUUGAGGCUGGAUAUGCUCGUGGGGCUGAAGAAGCUGGUGGUGAUAGGGUGUGCGAGGCUCAGCAGACCCCCUGCCAGUCUGCCAACCUCUCUUCAGACCCUCCAUUUAAGCGGCCAUGGAGAAGGCUGCUCUUCGCAUGUCGUGGACAUCUCCGGGCUGUUGCAGCUGAGGGAGCUGGGUCUGCACAGGUUUAAGGUGCGGUGCGGGCCUGUUGAGAGUGGGAGGUUGCCGUGCCUGCAGCAGCUGGAGAAGCUGGCGAUGGCUAUCACUCCUGAAGGUUGGGAUCUGCCGAUUGCCCAGACCGUCCUUCCCCGCCUGCGCGACUUGAGUGUGACUUGUGUGGAUGACGGUAGCAGCCUCCCGGAGAACAUGGCAGCAACCUUCCCUCAGCUGCGGGAGCUGGAUCUUUAUUGUUAUUCAGAGGAGCUGCCGGGAAGCGUUGUGGAGAUUAGCUCGCUGACAUCACUCACGCUUCACGCACCUCGGCUGACAGCACUACCUGAGGGCAUGACGUCCUUGGUUCAGCUGCGCAAACUGGAGCUGAUUCGUUGCACCGCCUUGCAGCACAUUCCGGAGUUUCUCACCCAGCUGCAGCAGCUGAUACUGCGUGUCACCUCCAUCACCGUCCCUGCAAAUCUGUUGCAACUCAUUGAGGAGCGGUGGGAGUUGCUGAGAGUUGGUGAGGAGUGGGUGAGAGUGGCUGGGGGAUGGCUGGGGGAAGGUGAUGGGCAGGCCAGGUGCGUUGAGAAGGAGGUUGCAGCCAAGUUCCAGAUCCGCACCUGCUUCUCCUGCACCUAG